AUGAGGUAUUACGGUCUAGCCAGAGCUCUGCUCUUCCAGGUUCUCCUCUGCAAUGUCCUCGCUGCCAAUAUCAGGAGCAUCUUCCUGUUCAAGGACGUGCUGAAGUCCAACACCGCAGCCAUCAAGAGUUCUGGCUUCAACAGUCUCAUCAUCUUUGGUGUUGGUGUGAUCGAUAAUGGCGACAUCAUGUACUACUCAAACACCCCAGGAAGCUCGGAUGUCCUGAUCGCAUCCAACGGUGCCUACGUCGGCGGCACAGCGCUGUCCGACAAGGUGAAAUCCUUCAAGACGGGCACGACGGGCGUCAACCGGGUCGAGAUCUCGAUGAACUCGCAGCACAUCAAGGAGCUGGUGGCCAGCCCGGGCACCGGGUCCUCGACGAGGCUGUACCGCAACUUCGCGGCGCUCAAGACCGCCUGGGGCCUCGACGCCGUCAACAACGACGACGAGUCCAUCUACGACGUCUCCAGCACCGUCGCCUUCGGCCGCAUGCUCGGCAACAUCGGGUACAAGUACACCAUCGCCCCCUACACCAACUCGGGCUUCUGGAACUCGGUGCGGUCACAGCUCAACAGCGGCCUCGCGGAGCCGAACCUGCUCCUGGACAGGGUGUACCUGCAGUGCUACGACGGCGGGGCGGGCAAUGACCCCGUCGGCUGGCAGAGUACCUUGAGCAUGAAGGUCGUGCCGCUCCUCUGGGUCAUCAACGACUCCAAGCCGUCCUUCGGCGUGACGCCCGCCCAGGCUCAGUCCCGGUUCAGCGGUUGGCAGUCGCGGAGUGCGCUCGGGGGAGGAGGAUACUGGAACGAUUACGACGUAGAGAAGAAGGGCUCGUCGUAUACGGACUAUGGUAACGCCCUGAAGACCGUUUUUCCUUGA